GCCUGCAGACAACACACACUUCAAGACCUCUGCUCUCUUCUCUUUUUCUGUUUCUUCUGCCAUGAGCUCUGGUGGAUGGAUGAGCAGGGAGCUGCUGAUGAGCUGAGGACAUAAGGAGCAGCGAGUCCAGGGUGGAUCUUUGGAAGGGUUUUUUUGAGAUAUGGCUGGAAAGUAUAGGAGACUGGUGCUGUGGGCAUUCGGGGCUGUGCUGCUUUCAUGCUGCUUGUACAUGGAAACAGAUGCUGUCCGUGAGCAGGACGUGAGUUUGGAGGCGAGUGGAGAAUCUUCAGGGCAGCCGGCGGGGGACUCGGAUCAGCUGUUAUACAGACGACACUCUGCUCUAACUCGAAGGAAGAGGGACAUCUUGUUUCCCAGCGGAGUCAAGCUUUGUUCUCAGGAGACUUUCGACCAGGCCAUCGCCAACCAUCUCAGCUACUUCCACCUCAGAGUGUGUCAGGAGACGGUUUGGGAGGCCUUCAAGAUCUUCUGGGACCGGCUGCCAGAGCAAGAGGAGUACCAGAGCUGGGUGAGCCGCUGCAUGGACCACUCUGUCAGCGUCAUGGACAUCGGAAGAUUCUUCAGCCAAUCAGAGGAGCACAGAAGCCUCAUUCGGAGUAGAGUUGCUCUGGCUGCUGCAAUAAACAUUGUGCCCAUCAGCCCUCCUCCAUGCAGCUCGGAGACACCGACCACUCAGACUAAAGACUCGGUGAUGGAGGCCUUACCAGGAGAAAGUGACAUUGCUAUCGGAUCAGAGACAAUCACAACCAAGCAAGAUGACCUUACCCCAGGCUUUGAGGUCACUUCUUGGAUUCCUUCACGUACUGUGACUGAAAGUCCACAUCCAGAGACUAUGGCAGGGAUUGGCACUGAGGUUUUAAGUGAUAGGGGCUUGGAUGAGGAUACUGUGGAGGUGGCUACAGAGGCUGAUUACUCUGUUACACACAAACCUUUCGAUUGGGUCGAUCAGGACAUAGGGGAAAACAAAACUAUUCCUGAUGUACCAGAUAAGGAGGAGGCUGUAGUUGAAGAUGGCAAGAUCAUUGGACUCAUCCCUGACAAUGUGGUCAUAGCUGACUCUGAGGUGAUUCAGGAUGUUACACCAAAAGAGGAAGAACCACUAUUGGAGGUUGUAGCCCUUGAACCCCACACAGAAGCUACUGUUGUGGUUCUUCAAAAGCCCACCACAGGAUCAGAAACUGUCACAGUGGAGAAAUCAGGGCAGAAGGUACCCCCGGAGGUGAUUUCUGAGGCUCCUUCUGAAGUCAUGAUAGAGCACAUCCCUAAGACAGCCCCUGAAGAUGCUGCAGAGCCAGAAGUUGAAGAAAUUGCAGACAAUUCUUUGGAUAUUAUACAUGACAAAACCUUCCCUGAGGAGACUGUAGAGAAACCCUCCGAGGAUUUACCAGAGCCAACCGAUGAAGAAAUACCACUUCCACCUGAAUUAACAACUCCUGAAGAAUACGAAGACAAAGUACAUGCACCUCCAGUAGAACAUCCUUCAAAUACAGGUGUAGAGGUGAGCCAAGAAGAUACCAAAGUCGUCACAGAAGCAACACAAACUGUAUUUCUGAUACCAGAUGCAGAAGAAGGUGAAGUACCCAUAAAUGUGACUCCAAAACAAGGAUCUGCCUCAGCUGUAGAAAGAGAAGCUCCCUCUGAUGCCUCCAUUCUGACAACAACACAUAAGAUAGAAGUAACAAUUGCUGAAGACACUCCAAAGGACAAACCAACACUAAUGGUUGAGGUUACUUCCAAGCCUGUUCUGGUCUUAGAACAUGACAAAGAUGAAGAAUCCAGUUUCACAGAGGAAGGGCCAACUACAGCCAAGGAAUAUGGCAAAGAAGAAAUACUAAUGGUGGUAACAGAAAGGCCAAAAGAGGACAUAAAAGUAGUGGUCAAACAAGAAGAAGUUGUUCUAGAAGAUAAGACUGCACUGGAAAAACCUGAGGUAAUAACUACAGAGACUGACGUAGAAGAGCCAAUUGAUACUGUUGCUAAAGAAGUACCAGUUGAAAUAGUAACGGACACAGCAAUAGAAGCAGCAGAAGAGGAACUACACGAAGAAGAAGAAGGGGUAAUGGUUAUAAUGGAGGGUACAUUAAAGGCUCCAGAAGAUGUCACAGCAGACACAGCAGAGGAAAAACUGGUUGAGGUAGUUGUAGAAAUAGCUACUGUUGAAGAACAAGCAAAAACUAUAACACAAACAGAGGAGACAAUAUUGGAAGCUACAGGAGAACCAGUUAAAGAUAAAGAUGAUACAACUGAUGAAUUAACAGAAACCAUAAAGGAGGAGGAAGGAAGGAAGGAAGAAACUAUAGAUGAACCAAAACUUUCAAUAGAAACUCUACAUGACCCAGAACCAUCAAUAGAAACUCUACAGGAACCAGACCCUCACAAACCUGUGGAAGAAACUGUAGAAAUAGUAGAACCUUCAGAAAUUACUGUAAAGGAUGUCAAACCCACAGAAGAAAUUACAAAAGAGACAGAACUCACAACAGAAGGAGCAAAGGUAGAACUUGUAGAAGUCAUUAUAGACAAGACCGAACCUGUGGAAGAAUUGGCACAAGAAGUGGAACCUGUCAAAGAAACUACAGAAAAGAUAGAACCUGUAGAAGAAAUGAUGCCAGAGGACAAACCUGUAAAAGAAACAGAUGAGAAGUCACAAGAACCCAUGGGAGAACCAGCGAAAAAAUCAGAAGUAGGUGAAGAAAUGACAGAAAAACCUGAACCCACAAAAGAACCAGUUCAAGACAGAGAAGCCACUAAAGGACCAGCAUUAAAGGCAGAACCUACAGAAAAACCAACACAAGGAGAACUCAUAGAAGAUACUGCAGAAAAAACACAACCCACAAAAAAACCAGCCCAGCAUGCUGAAUCUGUAGAAGAAACUGAUGAAAAAGAGGAACCAACAGAGGAAUCUGUAGACCAGUCAAAACCCAAAGUGGUACUUGAUGAGAAUAAAACUGAUUUUAUUAUAAUAUCUGCUGAUAAAACACAAGAUGCAGCUGAAGGAAAACCAUUGGAGGACAGAGAAGAAGCUACUUCUGAGACAUCAGACGAGGUAACAGAGAAAGAAUCUGGGUUUGAAGAACCAGAAACAGAAGAAAUUUUACCAGAGGUUACGGGGGAAGUCAUACCAGAGACCCCUUCAGAGUCCGAUGAGGAGGUCACUCCUGUGUUUGUUGUCAUUCCAGAAGACACAGAGGGAUUAUUGCCAGUGACUGAAAGGGCAGAAACACCUGAACCUGCGGUAACAGUGGAACCUGCAGGUGGGUCUGAGGUGGCAGUUCCCCCAGAAACCACCAAAAAGAGCACUACACAAGCGGCUGAACCUGAAGUCCCAGAGCCCAAAUUAUUUCCUGAAGCUGAGGAAGAAAUUUUAGAGGCUCCAAGUGAAACAUCUCCAGAAGCUGUGACUGGUGCCCAACCAGACACAAUUUCAGAGGUAGAAACCCUUAAGGAGGUCACCCCACAGUCCCCUAAAGAGCUUCCCACUAAGGAAGAUGUUGGUCCAGAAUCAGUUGAGGAUGCCUCCCUAAGUGAAGAAGCAGAGGAAGCCAUAAUGGAGACUCCAGUAGAAGUGGCACCUGAAUCGAUUGAUGCAAUUACCCCAGAUGCAGUAGUGGACUUCACCGAAGAGAGUACACAAAGUACUACAAGGAGCACCACUGAGGAGUCUACCUCUGCUUCCUCUUUGGAGAUAACGACCAAGUAUGUAGUCGAAUACAAUAAUGGCAACUUUCCCGAUCUUACAGAGAGAGUUUAUGAUGUAGGUGACAACUUUUUUGGAAACAAUGGCUUCAGGCUGGAGGACGAGGAGGAGAACUUGAUCGGUAACGAGAUAGACACAUUACUUCUGCCCCCGAGGCCCCUGAAGGACCAGGUGGUGGAGUUGAGCAUGAAACUGAAAGAGGAAACGUACAACAAUGCCCUGAGAGACCCAAGCAGCUUUGAAUACCAGCAGCUGGCCAGACACUUCAAACGCAGGAUUGAAGACGCCUUCCACCGAGUGCCCGGCUUCAAGACCGUCUACAUUGUAGAAUUCAGGCCUCAGAAGGACCUGGAGCGGGGUUUGGUGGUCCUUGUGCACUACGCCAUCACUUUGGAGGUGGACGACAACGGCAUCGCCAACGACACUCUGGACUUCAUUUCUCUGCAGAACAACCUGGUGGAGAAGACUUACCCCGGCACCGCCGAGCAGCCCACCGUCGUCUACACCAUCACCGACUUCCGCAACUACAUCACCGAGGCGCUGCACAAAGACAACUUCUUGACCAACAACAGCCUGGAGACACAGGGUGACCCGCUGCUGCUGGAGAAUGCAGAGAACUUGCCUCCUGUGAAACCAACGAGCCAAUCAGAUGAGACCAACGACAACAUGGAUAAUGUCCUCGCUGCAGAGAAGCCUCCUGACGCUCCGACUCAUGAGGCUGAUGAAAAUGACGUUUUCUCAAAGAAAGAGGACUUCCUGUUUGAACCCUUCAGCCAAUGGAAAGGGCCACAGCUUGAUAGUGCAAGUGAGAAUGACGUCUUCUUAUUCGAUGAGAGCACGGUGUCUCCACCGAAGCCUGAAUUCCCACAGAAGACCUUCAACCUGGAGACUCAAGACAAUGAUGGAAAAAUUGAAGAUGAAGGCUUCUUCUUGAGUAAUGCUCCCCCUGCCAGUGAUGGUACCACCAAACGGGACGAUGCUGUCAGACCUCCUCCUUCUGUGAAACCUCAGAUAGUCCCUGGCCUCACGCAGGAUGACGGCUCUGGCUCUGGGUCCUCUGGAGACAGCCAGGAGGCUGAUCUCUGGAUCUGGCAGACUUCAGUGACAUCUGACAGGAUGUAUAACAAAGAAAGUGGCAGCCUGGAGGUGCUCCCACCACCUGAUCUGGAGGAGACUGAAGAGGAGGACCUUGAUUUGGUUGCUGUUGAAUUAUUAACUACUAAGAAAGUUAAUCUGGUUGAGAUUGGAGUAGAAUUUACUGAGACUACAAUUUUACAGGCAACAACAGCUCCUACUGUUGAAGAACUAUUAUCAAAAGGGCACAUUGAAGAACCAUUUCUGGAUGAGGUCCUGGUGACUCCACACAUAAGCACUGAUCCCCGAUACUCAACAACAACCCAAGCACCUGUGUUUUCACCCAAAGAAACUCUGGCCAUUGAGCUUUCUAUACAAACAGUGGAAGCAUCUGGCAUGUAUGAUGACUACUCCUUGACUGAGCCACACACCCUUGUGGGAGCAGUUACAGAUUCACCUAAACCUGAAGCUUGGACACGGGAGGAAGUAGGUUCUGCUAGACCAACAGAUUCGGCAGUCAGGAUUCAAGAAACCACUAAAGAAAUGGAAGUACCUACUAAAAGAACAAUAGAGCUUCCAGUGGUUACUGCUGAAUCUAAAUCAGCAGAGGGUGGACCUGAAAAGGUGAAAGUUGAAGUCACAGUUGCACCUAAAGUCCCUGAUAGGAACACCCACUCCACCCCACGCAUUUCUGUAAAAGUUGAGGCAGUCACAAACAGUGAAUUAACCUUUGAUACCAUCACUGAUGCACCAUCACAAUUUGACGUUGUCACAGAAAAACCUGAACGGCUGUUUCCAGAAACAGAAGAGAAUGAUCAGAUUGAAAUUUUGGAAGAACAGUAUAUAGGCACAAUGAUGACCGCACCAGCAACUGAUGUACAGGAUGAGGACUUGAUUGUGGAUGAGGUAAUGAUCGCCAUCACAACUACUACUCCAGUCCCAACUUCAUCUGUAAGUCCAGACCACCACAGCAGCAUUGCGCUCUCACCAGAGAAGGACUCACCAUUCACUCGAGUGUCAGACUUAGUGCCAGAAGACGAAGAUCUGAUUCACCAUGAGCACCUAAACCAUGAAGAUCUUACUGAAGCUCCACCAACCACUCUAUCUUCAGAUGAUGCUCAGUCAAAACCAGCAUUGGUUCAUCAUGAGCACCAUGAAGAUCUUCCUGAAGCUCCAGUAAGCACUCCACCUCCAGAUAGUCCUCAGUCAAAACCAGCAGUGGUUCACCAUGAGCACCAUGAAGAUCUUCCUGAAGCUCCAGUAAGUGCUCCAUCUUUAGAUGGUCCUCGGUCAAAGCCAGCAGUGGUUCAUCAUGAGCACCAUGAAGAUUUUACUGAAGCUCCAGUAAGUGCUCCACCUCCAGAUAGUCCUCAGUCAAAACCAGCAGUGGUUCAUCAUGUGCACUCAAGUCAUGAAGAUCCUCCUGAAGUUCCAGUAAGCACGCCACCUUCAAAUCAGCCUCAGUCAAAACCAGCAGUGGUUAAUCAUGAGCACCAAGAAGAUCUUCCUGAAGCUCCAGUACACACUCUGUUUUCAGAUCCUCAGUCAACACCAGCAGUGGUUGUAAACAAAUCAGAGAGUCUUCCAUCAGGUGCUGUGGAAGGUUUUCCAGGUGCUUCAGUACCAGACUUGACUGGCACUUUGCAAGAGAAAGUGGACAGUGAUGUCCUCCAAAUGACACCUUCCUCUGUGCAGAAAGUUAACGACAGCAGUUCUGUGACUGAGCUCCAGCCUUUUGAACAUGAUUUCUCGGAUGUGCCCAGCAUUGCUGUCAGUUUUGAUGUCUUCCAAUAUGGUGGUGUGUCGCCUGAAGGUGACAGCAGUGGCUUCUCCAGUGGAGCUCGGGCCUCUGACCUGGAUGCCAUUGCAUUACCAACCCGACCUGGGAGAGCGCUGACAGUUUUCUUCAGCUUGAGGGUGACCAACAUGGUGUUCUCCAUGGACCUCUUCAACAAGAGCUCUCCUGAGUACAAAGCCCUGGAGCAACGUUUCCUGCAGCUGCUGGUCCCGUAUCUGCAGUCCAACCUCAACAACUUCCAGAACCUGGAGAUCCUGAACUUCAGAAAUGGAAGCAUUGUCGUAAACAGUAGAAUGAGGUUUGGCAAACCGGUACAUAGAGGAGUCGCCAGCGUUGUCUACUUAAUCCUGGAAGACUUUGCCAACACUGCCUACCAGACCAUGAACCUUGCCAUUGACAAAUACUCGCUGGAUGUCGAAUCAGGUGACCGGGCCGAUCCCUGUAAGUUCCAGGCCUGUAACAAGUUUUCCAGGUGUGUAGUGAAUCAGUGGUCGGGCGAGGCCGAGUGUGUGUGCAGUGCUGGCUAUCUGAGCGUGGACGGCCUGCCGUGUCAGAGCGUUUGCGAUGUUCAACAUGACUUUUGUCUCAAUGAUGGCAAAUGUGACAUCAUACCUGGCAAAGGUGCCAUCUGCAGGUGUCGUGUUGGAGAAAAUUGGUGGUACCGUGGUGAGCACUGUGAGGAGUAUGUUUCUGAGCCACUGGUGGUGGGCAUUGCCAUUGCCUCGGUGGUUGGUUUCCUCAUGGUGGCAGCCGGGAUUAUCUUCUUCCUGGCUAGAACGCUACGAGAGCAGUACGAUGGGGAGGACACAGAGGACCCCCUCCGUCGAGGUGACAGUAUGCCGACACUGGAACGUGCCACCAAGUUCAACCCGAUGUUCGAGAGUGACCCUGUCACUGCCCAGUACUACCGCCGCUAUAAUGACGAUGUGCCCCAGUACUACCAUCGCUGUGACCCCAGCCUCCCUCACUACAGCAGCUCUGCCAGCGUAGGCAAUUCCAAAGACCUCAGCAGUGAAGAGAUACAAAACAUCUAUCAAAACACCGCACUCACUAAGGAGGAGAUCCAAGAGCGCCUGAGGAUAAUUGAGUUGUGUGCAAGGGAUCAACACUUCGCUGAAUUUGUGCGACAGACGCAAAUAUUCCUGGAGAGGAGAGGGAGCUCCACCACAUAACCAUCCAGCAGCUGCUGACGUCCAGAAACCUGCCUUCAUCUGUGUGUUGAAGAAGGGAGGAACAGCUUGUCGCCUUGCUGCUUCCCAGGCUCUCCGGUGGAGGUGAAGGUGAAGUUUAUUUUCUAAGAACACUCUUUUCCUCUUGAGGGACCCUGAAGUGAACUUUGGAUCCUUGAGGUCACCUCUUCACUUACCUUGAAACUUUUCCUGUAAAUACUGUAAAUACUGCUUAUUUGUUCUGGACAAAGACUUCAGUCACUGCUUUUCAACAUUUUCACAGCUGCAUUCUUCUGUCUUACACUUUCACUUUAGCUUAAAUCCGAGGGUUUCUGAUUGUGUCCCGACCUGCUCGUCACUGCUGUUGUAUUCACAAAGAAACGUCUGAAUUUUUUUUUUUUUUUGGUUUUUAAUAUUUGCACCAAAACAUUAUUUUUAAUAUCUGUUUUUGUUUUUGAAUUCUGUUUUUCUGACGUGGUUUUCAGGACAGCCGUGACGUGCAGCACUCCUCUCCAUCAGUGCCUUUGCCGCUCUGGUAGCUUUUUCUGGGAUAUGAUGUGUAGAAUCUCAGAGCCCUUGAUUUAAAUAUGCAUCCCUAUAAAACCAUGCUCAUAUCUGCUUCACGUUCACUAAUCAGACACGUUACAGAUGAGAAUGUUUACAUUUGUUAGUCAGUGCUGGAAAGUUAACUGCUGCAUAGAACAUACAUAGCCUGUCACUGUGUGGUGUAUCUUUGUGAUGUUCCAAAAAGUAAUUUUGUUUCAGCGAGUUUCUCUCUUGUUCUGAGAAGUUACUAUCUUCUUCUUUCAAAAAGUUACUAGAUCCUUUCAAACCCAUCUUGUUCCUGUUGAGUUCACCCUCACUGCUUCUGUCACGGCAUCAGGAGGGUAAUCAGCAGUCUGGUGCUGCUAAUCAAAUAAUCAAAUGCACUUGAUUAAUAGAUCAUCAGUGAGUGUGACCACCUCUACAAAAGCAGAGGUUUGGCCAGUUUGCUGAUCUUGAGCAUUUAGGUGUGUGUUAGCACAAUUCCACAACCUUCCAAAGAGUGGGCGUCUCAGCAAAUUUACCCCAAGAUCAGACCAUGCAGUGCUCAGAGAAACUGCAAACACUUGUACAAUUAGAAAAAUACUGAACAAGUAUGGCUUGUUUUUGAAGGGUUGCCAGGAGAAAGCCUCUUCUCUCUAAAAAAAAAAGAUGGCAGCAUUUCUGCAACAAUGUCCUUGGACUAAUGAGACCAAACUGGAGAUGUUUGGCUAUAAUAAACAGCACCACAUUUGGAGAAAACCAAACACCUCAUACCAACUGUCAGUACGGUGGUGGAGGGGAGAUGAUUUGGGCUUGUUCUGCAGCCACAGGACCUGGGCACCGUGCAGGCACCAAAUCAGCCAUGAACUCCUCUGUUUACCAAACCAUUCUAGAGCCCAGUGUGAGGCUAACUGUCUGAUGGAUCCCAAGCACAGCAGCAACUCAACCACAGAAUGGCUGAAAAAGAAAAGAAUCACGGUUCUGCAAUGGGCCGGCCAAAGUGAUUGAAAACCUGAUUGAAAUGCUGUGGAGGGACCUUCAGAGAGCUGUGCAUAAAUGAAUGCCCACAAACCUCAAUGAACUGAAGUGACGUCAUGACAAAGAGUAGGUUCCUCCACAAUGAUGUGAGAAACUGGUAAAAUCAAACAGAAAUCUGUUACUUCAAGUUAUAUCCAUCCAUCCAUCCAUCCAUCCAUCCAUACAUCCAUCCAUCCAUCCAUCCAUACAUCCAUCCAUCCAUCCAUCCAUCCAUACAUCCAUCCAUACAUCCAUCUGUCUGGAUGAAACUUGGUAGAUGACAGUGUGUCUUUUACCAAGACGUUAUUAGGAUUCCUAUAAACAACAGUAUCUUAUUUACAUCUUACUAUCUUGUUCUAACAAGUUCCUAUCUUGGUUCAAGUCUUUAUUACUGUUCUGUCAAGGUAACAAUUUAAUCUGACAGGUUAUAAGUUACUGUGUUAUUCUGACAGAUUGGCUUGAUCAAAUCUGGUAUUAUCUUGUACUGACACGUUACUAGCUUCCCCCAAAAAGCUGACAAUGUAUUAUGAUGUUAUGAAACUUCUCUGGAAAACUGGACCAGUUUCAGUCAUUUACUGUUAAUGUUGCCACGAAAAGUUAACUUCGAUGAAAGUAAUCACAUAUAGAUUUGGGGAUUCCUGCUUAAUGACAGAGACAGGUUCUGAUAUGUGACGGUGUGGUGGAGUACUCCAAAAAACAGCAAAUAAAAACAUCUCAUCUCCAGCACGGCCCAUUAAAAUCUGUCUUUCUGUUUGUAAUUACUUGAAUUUUCUCUGUUUCUUGCUUUGAAUCGAUUUGUGCUAAGUGUAGGUGAUAGUCCAUCCAGUCCACUGAUAUUUGUGUAGGUUUGGUGUAUGUUUGUCACCGUAGAGCCCUCACAUCACUCAGAAAUGUAACCGGCUUCUCAUCCCCAAAAUUCUACCUUAAAACAAAGUUCAUGGAUAUUUAUCUGUUGUCAUGCAGGUCCCGGGCUCUCUGUGUUUUGUAUUGUGUUUUCUAUGUGGUGUGUACAGCCAGUGGAGGAGGCCAGUAUUCUGACCCAAACAGAAUGUUUGAAAUGUUAAUUUAUGAUGAAGAAAGUUCUGCCUACUCCAAGCUUGUGUUUUUUCCCAUAAAUUUGCCAGUUUUUUCUUUCUCUCCCAAUAUUACCUCCAUCUUUGAAAGUUUCUUUUUUUCUUUUCUGUUCUAAUACACCAUUUUAUUUAUUUCAUCUAAUGAUCGUGUGAAGAGAAAACAAAUAUUCAGGCAUGGUGUGUAGCUGUGAGCUGGCACAGUCACAUUUUUCUAAAAUAAAAUGUUUUUGUUUUUUACAGAAUUAUUUGUCUGACAGGCUGCUUUUUCCUAAUGAGAAUAAAGUGUGAAAUA